AUGGUCAGCGUCAACGCCGUUGCCUCCGGCUGCGCUCAUCCCGCUGACGCGGCUGGCGGCGCUGCCGAGGCAUCCCCCGUCAAGGCAGCAGUGCCUUUCGACGCGUUGUGCAAUGACGGCCGCGCGGUCACCUCCAAAAACUGGCUGUGCAAGCUUUGGCGCUACACCAUUGUGCCCACCAAGGAGCUUUACCUGCCAUUCAUGUUUAGCGGCUUGCCCACCAACUACCUCAUGCUGACAUACCGCACCUUCAACCGGGACUUUGGCCUGCCCAACUGCAACGACGACUACCUGGCACCCCUGCUGAGGGACGAGCUCAUGCCGCAGCAGCAACAGCAGCAGCAGCAGCAGCAGCAGCAGCAGCAGCAGCAGCAGCAGCAGCAGCAGCAGCAGCAGCAGCAGCAGUAG